AUGAUGAGAGAUCCAAUACUUACUAUUCCGAACAUCAUGAAACCCUUCGAGGUACAAACAGAUGCAUUAGACUACAUCCUUGGAGGAGUCUUGUUACAGGAGGGAUAUCUUGUUACGUACGAGAGCCGUAAGCUUAGUGAAGCGGAACGGAAGUACACAGCUCAAGAGACGGAGAUGCUAACGAUGAUCCAUUGUCGCCGCGUGUGGAAGCAUUAUCUACUGGGGUCAAGGUUUGUGCUGAAAAUGGAUAACUACCAGAGAAUCUGUGAAUUCUGGGCACCUGCAGUAGUAGCAGGGAUGGGAAAGACAAAUAACCAACCAACUAUGUAUGCUUUAACUUCGUUCCUCUCGUCUUCCUUAUGGAGGAUUUUUAGGUGA